UUUUCUGCAGCUGUUUUUCUCAGGGUGUCAGAGAAUGAACAAGAUUUUGGACUGCAUGAGAACAAAGUCCUCAAUAAACAAAUACAAUUUGAGUUAAACUAGAUUUGAAGUAACUAGUUAAACAGGCAUCGUUCCACAAAAUAUAUUAGGGGUGUUGCAAAUUACGUUUAUUUCAAGCGGAACUGUUUGGAUUGAGACAACCAGGACCUUUUGACCGUGAACGCUCCUCCCGAGACACCGCUGUGUGUGUACAGGCAGAUAUGGCCCUGCCUUUCAAUGGGGUUGUUACAAGUUCACCUAUAAAGAGAAAGAGAGAAAAAACAUUGGCUAACGAGUCAUGUCAAAGCCUGGGCCUGUCCCUCCUGUCAUCUCCAGAUUCAUCAUAUGAGUGUUACUCUGUGAACCCCGUGACGGGCUCCCCCAGCUCCUGCCGCCGGAGCCCCCGCCUCCUCAACAACGGCUACUACGUUCUGACUGAGGACAGCUACACCUGGGAUGAUGAGGGCAAUGUCUCUCUCACCCCCUCCAAAAUCAAACUGUCCUACAAAGAGAAUCUAGUCAGAAUCUUCAGACGCAGGCGGAAGGCCCGUCGGUCUCUAGCUAGUCUGUUUAGUGACAUGACUGAGACGUGUCAGUCAUGGCUGGAUGAGAAAGUGUUCGGAGGGGUGCGUCACCCACCUCUUGCAGAGUCCUCCUGGAUGGAGCAUAGCACCACUGAUUUGGACACCAGCUGCAGCUUCACUUAUGAUGACAGUGAGAUCAUUUCCAUGCCCACGAAGUUAGUUCACGAGCCCAUGGUGCAGGAGGAGAUCAUCACAGAGACCUGCGUCCACCAGGAGCAUUUCGGCCAACCCCUGGGUGGGCUUCUGGAUGUCCCGCCCCCCUCAGCCUUCCUCUCCAAUAGCUGCUGUCCCCCUAAACCCCAGCCAGCAGAUUUUCCCAUGGCGAAAGCUCUCUUCAUCAUUCUCAUGGUCUUUAUCUUCUCUGCCGUAUUUUCAAGGUGUCUGUUGUGGGGACUGACAAUGGCAUUCACCACAUUUAUAUUGAUAAUGAUAUAUCUAUUUGUCUCACAAUCUGGGCCCAUGGGCAAGUGGAGAAAAGCGAAGACCGAGGAUAUUACAUCAAAGAAUGAGUAGAUGAAAGCUGUGCAUACACACACACACACUCUGUUUACUCAUGAAAUGAAUCUAUGAUAAUGAAAAGGGUGGAUGUGGACCACAAGAAAAAGACAUAUAGAUUCUUACAUUUCAUUAGAUAAAUGCGUGUAGAUUGCACAUAAUGUAACACGAGUUCCAUUAAUCUGGUCAUAAAAGCAGGUUAUUGGGCUCAAUUGAGCGGGUAUAGGGUGACACUGGUCAUGCAAAAAUGAGCACAGAUCAGUGGAAUAAAUACAAUAAAACGCAUAAUCAAAAGCAAUUUAAUUUGAAACUCCAAAGAUGUGCGUUAGGAGAAGAUCAUUUUAACUGUAUUUUUGUAAACUACGAUGCAUUGCGUAUUUGGAACUUGUAUUGGAUAAUAUACCUUCCGGACUAUGCUAGUUAUUUUGCUCACUGAUCACUGCCAUUUGCUUGUCCAAGAUGUUUCCCAUAAUCCUGAAUAUAAAAAUAAGUCGGUAAUAUUCAUAUCAUAUAUUAUGCACAUGUUUUUAAUAUAUUCUUCAAAUACCUGAAUUAAUAUUGUUGAUAGUUGAUCUUGGGUUUUUUAGGGCUGUCCAGUGUUACUUAUUUUCUAGCUUCCAGUAUUUUGAAUACAAUUGCAGGGCCAUUAAAGUAGCAGUGGCUUGCAGUCUGAGACCUGUUUUUUCCUCACAAAAAUGACAGCUGCAACUUUUAAUCUGAAUAGAAGCAAAUGGAAAUACAACAUGCGAAGUGCCUUCUUUAGCCUGGCUUAGCUAAUAGCAUGUGCCUGCUAAACAAAACAGGGCUACAUGUCAGUAGGCAGUAGACUGCGGAAUCAGAUAACAGUUCAAAUACAGGGAAGUGACAGAAAAUGCUGGCGGAAAAGAAAAGUCAGCCCUGUGUGAGGAUGCCUAUCUGCUCAUGGUAGUGCUGAAACGUGUAUAGAAAUGUUUGUAUUCAAGGGAUAUGGGGAGGAGGUGGUCAUUUUCAUAAUACUCAUACCACUAGCUGCCUCGUGUGGUUAACCACAACCACUUAUCAGUGGAUCACAAUAAUGGAAUGUGAAUGUUGAGAUUGAGCAUAAUGACGGCGGCAAAGAAUAAAACAAUCGCCCCCCCCUCCCUUUAUUUGACUCAUUAAAUGGUACAAUGUUGAGUAUGUAAUGGCAUUGAAGGCUGAGUAAUUAUGGUUGUUUAUCAACCCAGAGGGAAAGUGUGUUUUCUGUCAGGAAAAGGAAUAGGGCACAGCAAGUAGCUGAAUAAAGUUCAUAUUGUAUACCUUUAUAAAGUUGAAAUAUGAGUCAUGUUUGGACCUCAAACUACAGCAGGAUUUUUUGAGAAUCUAAAAAUAGGUGAUUUGUACUUUAAUAAUGUUCAUUUUGUACUGUACAUUUUGUACUGUACAUCUCAACUCGCCAUUCUUUGUAAUACAUUGGAUGUUGUUGGUCCUUUAGAAAAGCUGUAUUUAAUUGUCUCCAUAUAUGUACUAUUUGUCCAGACGAAAGUGACUUGAGAAGUAUUGCUGUAUGUAUUCACUCCAAGUGUCAAAUCUGAAUGAUUACUCCAAAUGAGACUAUUCUCUGACCAGAAAGUGUUAAAUCACCAAUACUUCAUCAAUAAGCCAAAAUUAAUAUAUAAAAGGUUUUGCCGGUAGACACCAUUUUAUUGCUAGUUUGUCAACAAAAGCUCAUGUACACACUACAGUAUAUGAAGACAACAUGGCUGUUAUUUCUUUGUAAUAUUCAUGAUUUAUUGGCAUAUACUGAAUGUACUUUACAAGACCUUGAGAUUUAAGUAAUUUCCUAUUGUGUACAUUUGGUCACUUACAGUACCUUUACAUAAACCAGUUUCAAAUGUUACUUUGUUUUUUACAAUCAAUUUGUAUUGCUUUGUUACUCAACUAGUUUCCACAUUUGCAAAAAGUGUGGUUCUUGUAUGCACUCACAUUGUAUGUAUCUGAAAAUGUAAUCAUUGUCUGUUGUACUGUUUUUAUCUUCUUUAAUAGUGAAUGAGCUAUAUUGCACUGAAAUGUUAAUCUUUUCUAACAUAUUUGUAAAAUAGUUCAACUCAAUUGGUUUAUACAACUUUAUUAAAUGUCAUUUUUUAUAGUU